AUGUCCACAAGAGGAAGCUUGUCAAUCCUGAUAGGAGACUUAGUGCUUCUGAAUACUCCUUGCUUUCCAUCAAAAGAGAUGCAAGCCUGGCCUCCACUCGCUGUCGAAGGAAAGUUCGCUUCUCAGGGAAACCUGAAGAUCAGAUGUCAGCCUCUGCUCGAUUUUCUUGGCUAA